AUGUGCCUUCCUUCUUCCAUCGAUCGCUUCGCCAUUCCCUGCAUAUACGAAAUCGAAGGCAUCACCACCAUGCCGGUACCCGGACGCCGCUGCCCCGCCUGCCUAGAGCGUGGCGACACUGUAUGGGUCAUCCCUGGAAAAUGCUGUCCGCAGUGUGGCACACCCGUUAACUAG